CCACGUAUCGACACUUGUCGCGCUUUAGAAAACUUCAUCGAUUUGGACUUUGUGUCUAACAGCUUGCUUUUCAAGAAUGAUUGCCGCAAUCAUGACCCCUCCCCGGGAGGUUUCCAAAAUUGUCUACGGCCCAUCCGAGGCCAUAAAGAGGAUCCCUCCCGCUCUGGCCGCGCUGCCACUGCGACCACAGACGCCCGAGGCCGCGGCGGCGCUGGCGACUCCAGAUCCAACGCCAACGCCUAGCCCACCUCAGCACGAGGGAUGCACUACAAGUAGUCCCUCGCGCACGCCUCUCCCGGUCCGCUCCCGCGAGAAGCCGACCGGUAUCUACGCCCCUCGUAGAUACACAGCCGACGAUUUGUCGACAGACACAGAGGAGUUGACGCCCCGACCUAGACCCAAGCCGGGAUGCGUCACUGAUCCGGUGUCUGGGAGAGAGAGGAAGAGAAUCAUGACGGAUGACUUCCCGAAGAGUCGGAUGAGGAAGUUUGAGGAGCGCAGACGGAGAGCGGUGCGCCUUCAGAUCCAGAGAGAGAAGGAAUGUAGAGCGGAGACAACAGCGGCGACCGGUCUUCAGUAUUCAGCGUCCUCGGAGGAUUCAGAGGAUUCGGAAUGUGAGAUUAGAAGAACGAGACCGGGAUUUGUCUUUGAUAGGGUGAUUAACAAAGAGAGGAAACGCAACAUGAUGGAUGACUUUAAGGAAGUCAAACACGAGGAGAGACGACGACAGCGCAAACGGCGCAGACAGGAAUGA